CGGAUAUGCGCAUUAGCUACAACCCACAGUCAUUAAUUUUAAAUGCACUUUAAAUCGCUGUUUCUCUCUCAGCAGCAGAAAGUGUACGUUCACAAUAUUUGCAGAGAUUGUAAUUUCUAUCGAGUUCCUUCAAUCAAACUUUUGCAGUAGAUAGUACUAGUAGACUAGACACAAUUGUACCAAAUAUAUGAAAUAAAAAAAAAAUCAAAUUGAUACGUAAUCGUCAAAGCGAAUCAUUAUUUAUUUAACAAAGAAUUCGCAAGAAACAAUGAGACAUACCAUGUGUUCUAUAUACAUAUUCUCGCAGCUUUUCUACAAUGCCAACGUUCGGCGAGAAAUUUAGAUACUUGUACGUUUGUGUAGCUGUGAGUGUAAAGCAGCAGCAGACACAGAAGACAUCAGUGGGCAACGAAAGCUGGACGCGGGCAGUAGACCGGGUAGAGUAGUGGAAUGAGCACAUUUAUUAGCGGCCAGCAGUACGAAUAUUUGCAGGCCAGAGAAUUUUCCAAUUACUGAUUAGUCAAAAACAAAACAAAGUGCUAGAGAUAAUAAGGAUAGCUCACCGAACCUUCGAUUGAUUCUCUGUCCUUUUAUGCUUUUGUCUGUUUGCAUCUUCCCGCCAAUAAUAAAAUGACAUCUAUGACAUUAUUCAGCUUUCCAUCUCGUACGAUCAGUACUGCACAGUGGCGUUCUUCGUCGUCUAAACUAGUUAAAUAUAUACGUGGGAAAGAAGAGAAUGCAUCUAAUCUGUUGGCCCCCGCUGCGGUAGUUAGAAAUUUCACUAGCUUAACAACCGGAAGACAAAUUCGCUUCCGCAAACAAAAUGUGGGAAAAACGUCUGUUAUUGGAGCUACGGAAAAUGCUUGCAUUGCUAACGUGGUGCGUGGUAGUUCGCUUAGAAAGAUGUCAAGUGCUCAGCAACCCAAACUCGUCGCGGUCGCGGAGUCCAAACGUUUUAUGACCGAUUGCUUUUUGGCUGUGAAUGUGCCCAGAGAUCACGCUGAGGCUAUGGCCGAUCUGCUUGUGGGUGCUGAUUAUCGUGGUCACUUCAGCCAUGGCAUGAAUCGUCUCGAAAUGUAUAUAAACGAUUUGGCGAUCAACUCCACCGAUGGCGCUGCCGUGCCCGUCAUACUAAAGGAGACACCUUCCACCGCAUGGGUGGAUGGUCGCAAUGGCUUGGGUGUAGUGGUUGGCAAUUACUGCAUGGAUUUGGCUAUUAAGAAGGCGAAAGCUGUUGGUGUUGGUUGGGUAUGUGCCAAGGGCUCGAAUCACUAUGGCAUUGCCUCCUGGUAUGUUCUACGCGCACUCAAGGAGGGUCUAAUGGGCAUGACGACUACGAACACGUCGCCACUGAUGGCACCAACACGUUCAAAGGAGGCGGCCUUAGGCACGAACCCCCUCUCUUUCGGUGCACCCGCUAAGGAUGAUAAAUUCUUGUUAGAUAUGGCCACCACCGCAGUUGCUGUGGGUAAAAUCGAAAUACAACGCCGUAAAGGUGAGCCUUUGCCUGAUGGUUGGGCGCAAGAUCCAACUGGCAAUCAGACUAACGAUGCUGAGCUGGCUUUUAGCACUGGCUGUUUGAUGCCACUCGGUGGCCCGGAAAUCUCGUCUGGUUACAAGGGGUAUGGCCUCGGUGCUAUGGUUGACAUUCUGUCUGGUGUCUCGGCGGGUGCUAACUACUCGACGAAGGUACGUAAGUGGACACAUGCAGGUGCGAAUACAGCAGCUGAUUUGGGCCAAGUGUUUAUUGCUGUCGAUCCGAAUUGCUUUGCGCCUGGUUUUGAGGAUCGCAUGACCGACUUCAACGUUCGGCUGAGAGGAUGUGAACCGAGUGACCCCUCCAAGCCCGUUCUGGUCGCUGGUGACAAAGAGGACUUGAACAUGAAAGCUGUCGAUACAGUCGGCGGCAUUCAAUACCUGGAGAAUCAACUAAAGACUUGUGCGGCCUUAGCCGAACGUUUAAAUAUAAAACCUCUUAGUUUUAAUUAAUCAGCGAAGGGCGUACAUUUUGCAAACGCUGCAUUUUAUAAAUGAUUUUUAUUUAUAUGAGAAAUUACGUAAUUAAAGCCGGACAAGCUGGCGAAAAUGUAUGUACUACGGAGAGUACAUAUGUAUGUAAAUGCUUACAUAUCCAUUUGUGCCUAUCUAUUGUUAAGACUUAGCUGCAAUAUAACAGUGCUUGGUUCUUGUUAUUGCAUUUUCAAGCGCAUUUCACACUUUCUGUUCGUUGUAUUUUUUUUUUAUUUUUUAAUUCAAACGAGAAAAAUUAAAAUUAUUUGAUUGA